AGUCUACUUUGUGAGACUCGGCCGUAUGGUCGCCUCCGACGACGGGCGCGAAAACGGCCAACUUUGAACGUUCCAUUGCAAAACGAAUCUAUAAUAAAAAUAAUCCUAUGGCAAAUCUAUUUUAGGAAGUAUAGACAAAGUUAGCAUAACAUUUUUGUCAAUGGAUUAUGUGUUGCAAUAAAAAUUAAUAUAUAUUUUUUUUUACGGUCUGUUUAAUUUUUGUCUUGAUAAAGCUUUAUUUCGGGACACAGUGUGAAAUAUAAAGUUUGUAAAGUUGAAUGAUUUAUGAUGUCGACGCGACGGUGUGGAAAAUUUUAAUUCCGUUUGAUUGUCGUCUUUCGAAUAUCUAAUUGCUUGGCACUUCUCCUGUGGUUAUUUUGAGAUGUACUCAGAGAGAGGGGGCGGGAUGUGGGACCUAUUUAUACAAUCGUCUUGAUAUUGCUCAUGAAUUGGAUGAUAUAAAAUGAAUACAUCUCUGAAUUCAGUUCUUCCAACAGAGGAUACAAAUGCUACAAACAGUGACUACACUCCAUACAGCGACCGCAUUGAAACCUACCUCGUGCCCAUAAUAUUUGCUAUUAUAUUUAUUGUAGGAGUAUUGGGAAAUGGUACCCUGGUUGUUGUGUAUGUGAGACACAGAGGCAUGAGAAAUGCUCCAAAUACAUACAUUUUUUCCCUCGCACUAGCCGACCUGCUCGUAAUUUUGAUUUGCGUGCCUUUUGUGUCGGUCAUAUACACACUUGAGUCAUGGCCGUGGGGUGAGGCCAUUUGCAGGAUAUCGGAGACUGGGAAAGAUAUAAGUAUUGGAGUUUCAGUGUUCACAUUGACUGCGCUAUCAGCGGAACGUUACUGCGCCAUUGUCAACCCCUUCAGAAAACUUCAGCUUCGUAAGCUACCUCUAGUAUGUGCUACAAUUAUAUGGGUGGCUGCACUCAUCUUCGCAGCCCCGGCCGCUCUUUUUUCUAAUAUCUCAACUGAAGAAAUAGACGACAAUGUAUCUAUUGUUUACUGUUCUCCAUACCCGGCUACGUGGAAGAAUUAUUCCAAAUGGAUGACUUUGACAAAAGCUAUCGUUUAUUACGCUCUACCGCUUCUGGUGAUCGCAUCCUUCUAUUCGCUAAUGGCUCAACGGUUAUUGGCCAGUACUAAGGAGAUGCCGGGCGCUCUACACGGUGGACAGGGAGAAGCUCAAGCUAAGGCAAGGAAAUCUGUGGCCUGUAUGGUCUUGAUUUUUGUUAUUGUAUUUUUUAUUUGUUUCCUGCCAUAUCACGCAUUGGAACUGUGGUGGUAUCUUUCUCCGACAGCUCAAAACGACUAUAAUGAUUGGACACACGCUCUGAGAAUAAUCGCAUUUUGUUUAAGUUUUCUGAACUCCUGCGUUAACCCGGUCGCGCUUUACUGCGUGAGCGGUGUCUUCAGGCAACACUUCAACCGUUAUCUUUGUUGCCGCCGCAGCGCCCUGCAUCCUACUUGCAGUUCUAGAUUGUCACGGACAGCUAUAUGCGAGACCUCCUUUAGAAGCACCCAACGCCAUCGUUGUAGGAACCCAACAGAAAGUGUGGUGAUAUCAAACUACGACUACGGUAGCACGAAGAAGAAAAACAACAUCAUAUCAAGAAAUAGUGCUGACGGUGUGACUAUCAUGACAAUAAGAGACACGAACGACUUCAUUACUGACAUAAAUGAAAAAUCUGUUGAUAGAUAAACCGACGACUUAUUUCAUAAACCGACCUAAUUCAUAGCAAAACGUGUAUUUAAAAGGCCUAAGGUGAUUGUCUGAUCUAAAUAAUAAUACAAGAUUUUAGUAUUAAUAAACCUACGGUAGAUUUAAUACCAAAUCAAUUGUAAAUAAGCUUGUUUGUAAGUAACAUAUCAUACAAUGAACGUUCUAUAUAUAUUUUUCCAAUAAAAAAGAUAUAAUAUGUUAAGUCUAUAUAUAUAUAUAUAUUUGAAUAGUUGAUAUAAUUUAUUGAGGCUUAAACAGUGUCUAUGUUAUCAUGUCCUUAAAACUAACGUAAAAACAUUUCAUAAACCUGGCUAAAUAAAUUGGUUCUUGACAUUUUAAUUUAUACUGUGCUUAGUAAAUAAGUUAGGGAUUCCAAAUUAAAAGACAAUUGAAUUAUUCAUAAAUUAUGAAUUUGUCAAGAUGUACCAUACCUAGUAAUAAAGUAUAGUAAGUAUUUUAUUGAGUGGCUUUACUGAUUUACAUGCAUGGAGUAAUUGUAAGAAUAUUUAAAAAUUAUAUAGUUUUACUCGAACUUGUUACAAAAUGGCGUUUCGAUAUAAAUAUACACUAUGUAGUAAAAAAUUAUAAUUUAUUAAUAUUAAGCCUAAAUUAAAUGUACAUACCAUGUGGUUAUUGUGACCUUAAUUAUGUAUGUAUCGUGUUUUAAAUUAAUAGAUUAUAAAAUAUAAAUCAAUCCAAGUAACUAUCUAUAGGUAUUUUUUUUUAACAUUGUUCUAAAAUGCUUUAGAAGUUAUUGCAUUCUCUUAAAAAGUUAUAAUAUAAUUUGUGAAAAUGUAUUUUUUUUUUCAACUUUAAGAUUUAAAUUGUAAUUGUAAUUAAGAUCUGCUGAUCGGUUUAAAGAUUGUGUUAUAUAACUGUCAUAUUUGUAUAAAGUUUUGUUUGAAAUAAAUAUAUUAAUUUAUGGAAAA